AUGGGCAAGAAAAGCUUCAGAGGGAAAGGUCGACGCGGUGGCAGAGGUGGCCGCGGCGGUGCGCAAGCCAAUGGCGGCUGGCGCGACUAUGCACCUUUCGACAAGAACAACGACAAGCUGGAGGAGUACUAUAAUGCUUUGCUCCAGCUUCCCGAGGAGGAGAAGCAGCAGUACUGGGAGGCUUUAAGGCGUGAGUUGCCCAACAGCUUUCGGUUUACUGGCUCCAAAGGGCAUGCCUUGGCCGUCAAAAGGCUCCUUCAGACACGAUAUAUCCCCGAGAUUACAAAAAUCGAGCACCACGAUGGUAGACCAGUUGAACCCCCGAAGCCUGUGCCGUGGUAUCCUGAUGAGCUUGCCUGGUGGAUGACUACGCCCAAGAAUGUUGUGCGCAAGUUCCCACCCUUCUCCGCUUUCCAGAAAUUCUUAGUUUCAGAGACCACUGUGGGAAACAUUAGUAGACAGGAGGUUGUGAGCAUGAUUCCUCCUUGCCUGAUGGAUCUGCGACCUGGCAUGGUUGUUUUGGACAUGUGCGCCGCCCCCGGAAGCAAGUCUGCUCAGCUCCUCGAGAUGAUUCACCGGGGCGAGGAGGCCCGUGUGCGCAAAGUUCUGCGCAAAUUUGCCAAGGAAGACGGCCUGGACCUUGGAAACGAGACCCAGGAUGAGAUCGACGCCGAUCUAGAAGCUGAUCCCUCUGACAACGGCCGCGCCACCGGCCUCCUCAUCGCCAACGAUUCCGACUAUAAGCGCGGGCAUAUGCUUGUUCACCAGCUAAAGCGUCUGUCGUCCCCUAAUCUCAUCGUCACAAACCACGACGCCACUCAGUUCCCUUCCCUCAAACUGCCUUCAACCGACCCCACGGCCAAGCCGACGUACCUCAAAUUCGAUCGUAUUCUGGCCGAUGUUCCUUGCUCCGGUGACGGUACCCUGCGAAAGAAUGCGAACCUGUGGAAGGACUGGCAGCCAGGUAACGCUCUUGGCCUGCAUGCCACCCAGAUCCGGAUUCUCGUCCGAGCCUUGCAGCUUCUCAAGGUCGGCGGCAGAGUCGUCUACUCGACCUGUAGCAUGAACCCCGUGGAGAACGAGUCCGUCGUUGCGUCAGCGAUCGAGCGAUGCGGAGGUCCUGGUAAUGUGGAGAUUCUUGACUGCAGCGAGCAGCUUCCCGCUCUCGUGAGAAGACCAGGUCUGAGGAAAUGGAAGAUUAUGGACAAGUCCUGUCGCAUGUGGGAUACAUGGGAGCAGGUUGAGACAUUCGCCCGGGAGGAGAACGACGGCGUGGUGCCUGGUCGUGUUUCUCAAACUAUGUUCCCCAAGUUGGAAGGAACUGAGUGCUAUGACCUGCCCUUGGAGCGGUGCAUGAGAGUCUAUCCCCACCUUCAGGACACCGGUGGUUUCUUCAUCACUGUUCUGGAGAAAAAGACUGACUUCAAGGCACGAAAUGAGAACGAGCCCAAGACGCCGGCCACCAAUGGCAAGUCGGAAGCUUCCGAUGAAAAGAAGGAGGUAAAGCCAGCUGAGGCCGCUCAAGCUCCUGCUACCACCAAGACCACCGAAUCCAAGCCAGAGGACGACGCUGUCAUGGAUGAAGCUGGCACAAAGGGCACCAAGAGAGCUCACGAAGAGGACGACAGCGAACAGACAGCUAAGAAGGCAAAGACCGAAGCCGACUCAUCUGCUACUACGCCCGCACCGCUGGUCCAACCCGCAGAGGCCGUCACCAAACCCAAGAAAGCUGGUCCUCCCGAAGAACCCUUCAAAUACCUCGACCCAUCCCACCCUGUCAUCCAGAACAUCAAACAAUUCUACAAUCUCUCUACCCGCUUCCCCGACAACCGCUAUAUGGUCCGCAACGAGCUCGGUGAGCCCGCCAAGGCCAUCUACUACACCACGGCCCUCAUCCGCGAUAUCCUCACCGAAAACGAGGGCCGUGGCGUGCGAUUCGUCCACGGCGGUGUGCGCAUGUAUAUGAAGCAGGAUGCCCCUUCAGCCGAGGUGUGCCGCUGGCGCAUCCAGUCCGAAGGUAUGCCAAUCGUCCAGGGAUAUGUUGGUGAACCACGGGUCAUUCACCUACACAAGAAGGAGACCCUUCGCAAGCUCCUCAUCGAAAUGUUCCCCCGUAUUGCGGACGAAGAGUGGAAGAAUUUUGAUGAGAUAGGUGAGAGAGUUCGCGAUGUUAGCAUGGGAUGCUGUGUGCUUCGCAUCGAGCCUGAGGCAGGUGAUCUAGAUUUUACCGAACGGAUGGCCUUGCCGCUGUGGAAGAGCAUUCACUCAUUAAAUCUUAUGCUUCCCAAGGAAGAUAGAGCUGCCAUGCUCCUGAGGAUCUUUAACGAUACUACGCCCCUGAUAAACAAUACCUUGAACAAACAAAAGGGCCAAAAGGACCAAAAGGACCAAAAGGACGAGAGUAAGCACCAGGAGAGUGAGGUCAAGCAAGAGCAGGCUGUGGACAGUGCUGAACUGGAGGAUAUGCCCUCCCCUGAAUAA